AUAAAAGCUCCCCUGCCGCUGACUUUCUUUUUUAAAGAAGCAGACCAGCAACUGGUUGACUCAUCCACGGAAACAUACCAGACUCGGAAAUUUAAUUAGCAGACAUCAGUCAACAAUGUCAACAACAGGUCAGGUGAUCAAGUGCAAGGCAGCUCUUGCUUGGGAACCUGGCAAACCUCUGGCCAUUGAAGAUGUGGAGGUGGACCCGCCUAAGGUCCAUGAAGUCCGCAUCAAGAUUGUUGCCACAGGUGUGUGCCACACAGACUGGGAGUACCUGUAUGGGCAAGGAAUGAAGUUCAGACCAUUCCCAUUAGUUCUCGGCCAUGAAGCAGCAGGAGUGGUAGAGAGUGUUGGUCCAGAAGUCACCAAAUUCUCACCGGGGGAUAAAGUCAUUCCUCUUUUUCUGCCUCAGUGUGGGGAAUGUGAGCGAUGUCUGAGUCCUAAAACAAAUCAUUGCAGGAAAAACUGGGCAAAUAUGCAAGUGGGUGUUUUGGCUGAUGGCACAAGCAGGAUUUCUUGCAAGGGACAGCAAGUGUACCAGUUCCUCGGUAUCAGUUCCUUCUGCCAGUACACUGUGGUUCCUGACACCUCGCUUGCAAAGAUAAGAAGUGAUGCACCACUGGAUAAAGUGUGUCUUCUAGGCUGUGGUGUCUCCACCGGUUAUGGAGCAGCUGUUAAUACAGGCAAGGUUGAAAAACAAUCCUCAUGUGCCGUGUUUGGGCUUGGAGCUGUUGGACUGGCCGCCGUCAUGGGCUGCCAGGUUGCUGGGGCAAAAAGGAUCAUCGGGGUCGACAUCAACCCUGACAAGUUUGAGAAAGCUGCAGUGUUUGGAGCCACUGAAUGUGUCAACCCCAAAGACCACAGGAAGCCCAUCCAGGAGGUUCUGGCAGAAAUGACAGAUGGAGGGGUGGACUACGCUCUGGAGUGUGUUGGAGAUCCAGCUAUCAUGACUGCUGCAUUUGAGUCUACAAAAGAUGCCUGGGGCUCCUGUGUGAUUGCUGGAUGGACAGAGACAGGAAUGAUGAACGUUGUGGUUGAAAAGAUCCUCAUGGGACGCACCUUGAGGGGGACUUAUUUUGGAGGUUGGAAGAGUGUGGAGGAUGUGCCUAAACUGGUGGAUGACUACAUGAAGAACAAGCUGAAGCUGGAUGAGUUUAUCACACACAACCUCCCACUGGAUCAAAUCAAUGUGGCCUUUGGCCUUUUGAAAAGUGGGAACAGCAUCCGUACUGUAAUCAGUCUAUGAGAUUCUCAAGAGGAGGCUCAAGCUCAAGCAGCUACCUUACAUGUUGGAAGAUUGGCAGUCAAGUCAUUCCAAUUUGUAUACAACUCGUGACUGAUGAAUUGAUGAUUGAAGAUGAAUGAUUAUACUCUUUUUCUUAAAAGACAUUGAUAAUUAAUAUUUUUCCAUGCUUGACCUUGUAGCAAAUGAGCACUUUUGCCACUAGAUGGCAGUCUUAUGUCACGUAAAAGCCUCUGUGUUUGUGUCCAUGCAUACUAUCUAACUUUGUAAAGACGUUGCUUUUCUGCAUUCUGCAUUUCUUUGUUUUUAUUCAGAUUAAAUUCUACGGUCGUUUUGUUCUUGAUGUUCAAAGACUUGAUGAUCAUAGAAACACCACAGAACAUUUAGUACACUUCCGUAACCUGAUACCGAAUGUAAUGCCUAUACAGCAUCUGCAGUAACGUCAAGACAAAUCUCCACAUCUGUCACACUUGGCCUCCACAGUCAUUCUGGACUUGAUAUCAAUGUGAAGUGAUAGUUGGAAUUAAAUACGUUUGUAUAGAAGAUGGGGUGAAAGACACAGGAACCAAAUGGCUGAAUCUGUCAUCAGCCUGCCUCAUGUGGUCAGGCUUACCAAAUUUCGUCCUUGGUAAUAUUAUAUAUUGAUUUAAAAGGGAGUCAGAGAGAAGGGCUAAAAUAACAGUUGUGGUCUGUCAGGACAGAAGACAAAGGGUUGUUUGGUGAAGGUUGUUCUAAGUUCUUCUCAGUGAAGCACUGAAAUAGCUGUCGAAGGAAUUUGUUUUAUUGAAGUUCCAUUCAGAUCAAAUGUGGACCUUUGGCAGUUCCCCCUGCUUUUCCAUCUUUAUUUAAAAUGGAAGAUAAAUUGGUGCUCUUCCUCUAAUGUUGGUCUCCUCUGUCUGUGUGCUAUCAAUCACAGAUUAUACAUCUUAUACCCCCCUCCUGCCCCCUCCUCCUCAUAAAGAAUCUCAAAGCAAAGACGGUUUUCGAGAAAUAGAAAGCAGAAUACUGCAGAGAAUGAAACAGUAGAGAGAGAUAACGGAGGGAGAUCAAAAGGAAAAGGAAGACAAGUUUUGACAGGUGGUUAUGUGACUGGGCACGCUCAACUAUAAAUGUUGGACAUGCUCGCAGAUUUAUAAGGCUUUCUUGGGGACAUGUGUCUGACUGUCUGCCUCAUCUAUGGGAAAUCUAUCCAAAGUGACGACCAUAAGUCUCCUACUGUUUUUUUUCUCUUUGUGUUUGAACUCUGCAACCUCUGGAAUUGUCACAACAUUGUGCAACUGAUACAGGGAGGACGUGCUAUCUGAAUUACAACCACAGCAUUGUACACAUUUUUGUCCAUCUUGUCAUGUGUCACAUUCAUCUGUGAAGCUUUUCUGCAGAUACCGUCUGGAUAGGAAACUUUGGCAUAACGUGGCAUGGAGUCGAGUAGUGAUAGAGACAGCAACCCUAACAUUUGCAAAUCAUAUUUACAUAUUUAUUUCUAUGUUCGUUCUCCCUUGUUUUUACCUAUUGCUGUCAUCACUCCACUGCGACAACUCUUUCAGACAUGAGACUUCAUGAAGAUAAUUGACAAACAAUAGAAAUGCCAGAUGAGGUAAAUGCCAUCACAAAAAUAAGGGCAUGUCUGGAAAAAAAAAUGUCAAAAAGUGCCGCCUUGCCUUCCACAAUAUUUAGAUUGGGAUCAAGAGAUUUCCCCUUAUUUAUUAAGCUAUAUUCCUGUGUGACAGGCAGAUAAUGACAUACUGAACAUGAUGAGAGCAUAAAAAUAGUGGGUGGGUAACACCCUAUUUUAACAGACAGUGGUUUUAUAGUCAAAAACAACAAAAAAUAUAAUACACCAUUACCCACUAUUUAUAUUUGUUUUGUUUUUUUUAUAUUUGUUUCACUUCAUCUUAGUCAUGCUUUUUCUGGCUGUUUUCCUCAGUGAAAACAACUGUGAUGUGAAAAUUCAUAUUCAUAGCAAGUAUCAAGAGAGACUGUUUCAUUUACUGAAGUGUAAUCUGUAGACUGGGUUUCUCAGAUUUUUUCACCAAGAUCACAGUGAUAAAGAAGAUAAGUCUGCUGUUCAUUUACUCCAAUUUCAUGCAAACCUUACACACCUUUUUAGUGUUAAUAGUUUUCUGCAUGCUGCAACUAAGCCUGUAGCAACUUAUAAAUAAUCAGCUUUUUUUUUUACAAAAGACAUUUCUUGCAAAGACAGGUGUAAUUAAUAAAUGAAUCAAGGCUGGAUUCCAUUUGGCUGCUUCUGUUUCAAGGUCCUGGUAUUGUUCAUGCCUGCUCACUGUCACGCUCUCAUGGCUUACUGAGACUCUUGAAUGUGCUUUUCCUACUAUGACAAGUCAACAUGUGCUGCUCUGAAAAACAGCCAUGUUACAUAACUAGAUAUGGGAUUUUGGCCAUUUUAAAUGCAAGCCCAUUGCAAGGGUUUAUAUUACUGCAUAUGUGUAAGAUGACAUUACUGUGCUGUCACAUAAACUGUUUGUACACCUGUUGGUCUAAAUGUCUGCCAUAUGUCUCGUGAACAUCAUAAACAGAAGACGUGAAACCACAUUAAUACAAGAAAAACUACUGUA